AUCUCCACCACGCCAUAGCGGCCACAGCGGUCGUUGAAAAGCUUUUUGGCGAAAAUGGCCUGGACAUCGCUCUCAUUCAAGAACCAUGGAUCAACACCAAGUCCAUGGCACCAGGACUGAACAGGGCAGGAAAGAACUAUGCAGUGAAGACCAAGUAGCUGCCUACGUCGAUCUCAAAGGGAGAGGAGCACGCAAGGUAAUAGUCUGCUCCGCCUACCUGCCCGGAGAGAAGCAAGAUCCCACAGAAGAACUGACUAAAGUGCUAGAGUACGCUCAGGCACAAAAGGCAGAACUUAUUGUGGGAUGUGACGCCAACGCCCACCACACCAUCUGGGGGAGCACUGGAAUCAACAAAAGGGGUGAGUUACUAUCCCAAUUUAUCUUUACUAAUUGCCUGCACUUGUUGAAUAAGGGCAAUACGCCCACCUUCGUAACUAGAGCUAGGCAAGAAGUAUUAGAUAUUAGAUAUAACCUUCGCUACUGAAAAGGCGGCGAGCUGCCUAGCCGACUGGCGUGUCAGCAGCGAAAAUUCAAUGUCGGACCAUAGACAUAUUUUGUUCAGGGUAAAAGGCUCUCUAGAUAGGGAACCACUUACGCGUAGAAAUCCAAAAGAAACGUCUUGGGAAGCCUACAAGGCCGACCUCGAAUACCGUCUAAAGGAUGUCCCAAAAUAUGUCAAAACCCCAGAUUCUCUCAACUUGGCAGUUAAUUUAAUAUCUGAAGGCAUACGUAGGGCCUACGAACAAAGCUGCCCACUGAAAGAGUCAAAAACUACUAACACAACGACGUGGUGGAACAAAAGGCUAGAAAAUCUCCGUAGGUCCACACGUCGCAUA